UGCUGAUUUUACGGCAAUUACGAAAACCUGCUCGAGCUAACUUGAGUAUUUUAUCAUUGCUCCGGAUAUAAAACUGCUAAAUACGCAAGUUGAGUCGAUUCAAUAUUGAUUUAUCGCUGCUUCGCGACAUAAAAUUAUUUUUAUGCGAGAAGGAAAGCGCGAUUAGGAAAGUUCAUCGAGGAAUCUUUAAGGAACUGAGUUUUAUUAACGAUUGUGGAUGAAUAUGACGAGCGUGCUGUAUCCUGAAGGUUUUACUACCAUCCCGCAGGACGACAGGAGCUAUCGCAGCGAUGAUUCCGGCGGCGAGGUCUUCAGGAACAUCCCGAAAAACAGCAGCACUUUUCGAGUUUGGAAAAUCGAGGGUCUGCGCGCGACAGCUGUCACCGGAAGCAACAUGGGCCUCUUCCUCUCCGAAUCGGCGUACAUCGUCUACGCUGUGUCGGCGAAGGACGGCGCUCUUCCCUAUCCGGGCAUGCCGAUCAAGGAUCUGAAGGAUAACACGGCGGUGCGCGCCGUUCACUUCUGGAUCGGCAGCAAAUGCGACUCGACGGCGUCGGGCGCCGCGGCGCUCCGCGCCGCCGAGCUCGACUCGCAGGUGUCGGCGAUGAUCCUGAUGCGAGAGGCGCAGGGCCGCGAAAGUCCCCGUUUUCUCGCGUACUUCCGGCAACGAUUGGUCAUCGAGAAUCUGCAUUUCGAGUCGCCCGCUUGCAGUCUACAUCGAGUCUCCGGAGUCGCUGUUCCGAUUCUGACGGAGCUCGAGAGGGUCCAUUGGGAGCACUUCACCUGCCGCGACGUUAUCCUGGUGGACAUUCGCGCAAAAGGCGUCGUCUUUCUGUGGCUGGGAUCUUUGUCGGAUCCGUUGCACAAACGGCACGCCGCGAGCCUUCUGGAGUCUCAGAAGGAGAACAACAACGGUCGCGUGGUGGUAGUCGAAGACGGCUACGAGCAGACUCUCCCCGGCGACGACAGGGAGCUCUUCAGCAGCGUGCUGAAUCCCACAGGACGCGUGGUGGCGCCCGAUCGCCAGCAUCGCGUGAAUCCACCGAGCCCCAUCAAGCUGUACAAGUGCAGCGAGCAGUCCGGCAAGUACAAGGUCGCCGAAUUAAAAUCAGGACCGAUCCUUCGGAGCGACCUGACCUCCGCUUCCGUCUACCUGGUUGACCGCGGCGAAGCCGGUGUCUGGGCCUGGGUGGGCCGCGACGUGAACGCCAGGGAGAGACUGGAGGCCGUCAGGAAUGCGCGGGGCUUCGUCAAGAAGAAAAACUACACCGACAGCAUGCCGGUGGCCCGCGCGGCGGAAGGUUACGAACCGGCGGAGAUGAAGGCACUACUGCGGGGCUGGGAGCCCUCAAAGACGAGGCCGCUGACCUUGCCGACGAGCUUCGAGCCUGAUUACAUGAAUGAGAGGCCAAGGAUGGCGGCCGAGUGUCAGCUGGUGGACGACGGCUCGGGGGAGAGGACUUUAUGGAGGGUCGAGCAGAAAGAAGGCAUGGUACAGGUGGAAGAUGACCGAGGAAUCUACUACGCCGAAGCCUGCUACGUGAUGCUGUACAAAUACGGACAAGGACGAAGAAGUCGAACUAUCAUUUACUGCUGGGAAGGGGUUCACUCUGUCAAAGUGGAUCGAGAUGCAGCUUUGACAGCAGCUUGCCGUUUGUCCGAAGAAGCAAACGCGCAAUUAGUGAGAGCAUCCCAGGGCAGAGAACCGCCUCAUUUAUUACAAAUCUACGACGGAAAGCUGAAAAUACUCGCCGGACGUCAUCGCAAUUCACCUCCGAAGAAAUACCUGAUCAGAGUAUUCGGUUCCACGCCGUACACGUCGAAGGCCGUGGAACGGCCGUUGCGAGCGAGCAGCCUGGAUUCCAGCGCGGUGUUCAUCCUCUUCUCCGGCGUGCCGGUCGUCUGGUGCGGCGGCAAGAGCACCGGCGACGCUCGACAAGCGUCGCGACGCCUUGCACCUAGAAACGCUCCUCUCGUCACCGAGGGCAAAGAAGGUGACGACUUCUGGGUCGAACUCGGAGGAAGAGGUACAUACAGUACAGAAACCGAGGAGGUGGGCGAAGAGCUCGACAAGCAUCUGUUCCAAUGCCGCACCGAAAACGGUCUCUUCGUGGGCGAGCAGGUUCUCGGAUUCCGGCAGAACUCCUUGAUACCGGAAGCCAUCUGGCUACUGGAUGCCGGUAGCGUGAUCUGGAUAUGGAUAGGCAAGUUCUCCACGCCGAGGACGCUGCAGGAAUGCGUGGAGGACGCUACUAUAUACCUCUACAUGCAUCCUGCGGGUCGCAAUCGCAAUACAACCAUUUCCGUAAUCAAGCAAGGUUUCGAGCCGGCUACCUUCAUCGGCCUGUUCGAUAAUUGGAAUCACAACUUGCUGAGGGACUACAAACCAUUCGAGGCGUUCUGCGCCCUGUUGGAUGACAGAGACCAAUCGGCGAGAACGCUGCAAACAGUUUCGAAAGCUGCUACGGAUUUCGAUAAUUACAUCAAGUAUCCGCCGGCAGUGCUGAAGAGCGAUCCCGAGAACUUGCCGGCCGGAGUCGACGUGCAACGCAAGGAGAUGCACUUGACUUAUGACAAUUUCAUCGCAAUUUUCAAGAUGGAGCCCGCGGAAUUCGAGAAACUGCCAACCUGGAAGAGGCAGCGACUCAAGCAGGCCGCCGGACUCUUUAACGGUUUUUUUUUUGCACAAUUUAACGUUUAGAAAUUGCACAC